AUGGGUCCCUGUCUACGCUCGCCCAACGAGAUCCUGCGACGGCCAGUACUGACGGAGGCUGGCGAGCUUCCAGUAUAUCACGCGAAGUUGCUACGGGCGAUGGAACGAAGCGAGAGAUUUGCUGAACGCGCACGACGCAUGGAACAGGCCAGGCCAAGUACUACGACCGGAACGCCAAACAACGGCGACGACUUCUAA